UAUGGCAACCUGUCAAAAUAAUCAAUGAAGUCCUCCCACUGCAGCUAAUUUGUUGUAGCCUAUUGUUGUUUUUGCCCCAAUUUUUCCUGUGUUUGUAAUUGUGAGUGAGAAAGAGAUCUGAAAAUGGCCUACAAUCUUCAAUCCCUCCUCACCAUCAUUGAACAAAGCCUUGGUUCUAAAGAAAGCGACUGGAUUUUGCAUUACUACAAACCACAACUCAAAUCUCUUCUUCAAAAAGCUUCUAAUCUGCAGGAGAAUCUUGAAAAACAUUCACUCCCAAUUAUGAAAAGUUUGGAGAGAAAAAUUCGAGAAGUUUCACGUAAAGCAGAAGACAUCAUUGAAUCACAUAUGAUUCUGCACUUUUCUUAUAUCACACAAGAGCUACAACAAGUAACUCAAGAAAUUGACUAUAUAACGGAUCAAGUGGCGAAGCUCAUGGACGGGGACGAUAAGAAGACACGGAAGGUCAGUUCACGAAGUGGUGCUUCUUCCACGAGUGCAAAAAGCAUUGUGGUCGGAGUUGAUGCAGAUCUGAAGCUGUUGACGGAUUGGCUGUUCGCAAAUCAGAGCAAACUGGAGAUCGUCCCCAUCGUUGGAAUGGCUGGCAUUGGUAAAACAACUCUAGCUCAAAAACUUUAUGAAGAUCCAUCCAUUGUUUCUUGCUUUGCUUGUGCUUGGGCCACGAUUUCACAAGAUUAUAAUAUGCGAGAGAUUUUAGCUAGCCUUCUUCGUUGCAUAAUUGGAAAAGAUUUUGAUAAACAUUCUGGAAAGGGAAGUGAUGAGUUAAAAGUUAUUUUGCAUCAGAGUUUGUUUGGUAAAAGAUAUAUGAUCGUAUUGGAUGAUAUAUGGAGCACCAAAUUUUGGUACGAGAUGAGGAACUACUUCCCAGACAACAAUAACGGGAGUCGAAUUGUGAUCACUGCUAGGGAAUCAGGUGUAGCAAAUUUCGCAGGCACAAAGCAGCAUAAGGUGGAGGUGCUAAGCGAGUCUGUAAGUUGGGAUUUACUUCGCCGAAUUGUGUUUGGAGAAAAGGAGUGUCCUCAUGAAUUAAAAGGGAUAGGAACAAAGAUUGUUAGUGGUUGUCAUGGGCUUCCUCUUGCCAUUCAUGUGAUUGGAGGGCUCUUGUCAAAGGUCGAAAGAUCAAGAGAUGUUUGGGAGAAAAUUGCUAAUGACGUAACAGCUGCAAUUGCAAAAACAGACGAGCAAUUCAACAGUAUAUUGUCUUUAAGUUAUAACCACUUACCAAAUCACUUGAAACCAUGUUUCCUAUACAUGGGAGCUUUCCCUGAGGACUACAGGAUUAAGGGCUCCAGGCUCAUACGUAUGUGGUUGGCAGAAGGAUUUGUGAAAUCAAAUUGUAACAGAAGUUUGGAGAAAGAGGCGGAGGACUUCCUGCACGAUUUGGUAGAGAGAAAUCUGUUUUUGGUUAGAGAAUACAAGUAUGGAAAACCAAAGAGUUACAGCAUGCAUGAUAUGUUGAGAGAUCUAUGCAUUAUGAUAUCCGAUGAAGAUAAGUUUCUACAUGUCCAGAAAGGCCGCAAGGUCACAUUCUCUAACCCAUGCCGCGUGAGUGUUCAAGCAUCACAUGGAAUGGAAGAUUUUAAUGCUUCGGCAGAGUCCAUGUCACCUGCUCGAUCUUUUAUAGGCAUUGGUUGUCGUGAGCUUCCAUCUGGCGCCUUUUUCACAUUAAGAUUGCUAAGGGUGUUGGAUGUAAUGGAUAUGUGGUUCGCAGCAUUCCCAAGAGAAAUAUUUGAAUUCGCCAACCUACGCUUCUUAGCUUUCAGCUGCAAUGCAAGAAUACCUAGUGGAAUAUCAAGAUUGUGCUAUUUGCAAACCUUGAUUACUCGCUCAUUGGGGAUUGAUGUGCCAUCUGAGCUAUGGCAGCUCUCGGAGUUGAGAAAUCUCAAUGUGAAAGGAUUCGAGUUGCUUAACGAUGUGGAACUGAAACACAGUGUUCUGGUGAAGGUGCAAAUGAUAUCAAGUGUGUUUGUACCUGAUUCAGUAUAUAGGAGAGGUUUCUUCAAAACUAUUCCUAAUAUCAAAAAGUUGGGAAUUGUUACUGACGAGAAAACAUCCACGGAAAUUGAUCUUAGCCAUCUUCAGGAGCUCAAAGUACUAAGUUGCACAUCUAGAACCUUUCCAGAUUGUUCGGAUUGUCUUCCCAGAGUAAGCUUUCCUUGUAAUAUCAAAAAACUAAUUCUGGUUAACUAUGAAAUAAAUCCAGGAGUGUUGAAGGCUCUGUGUGCGCUACAUAAGCUGGAGGUGCUCAAGAUAUGUGAAUGCAAGUUUGUAAGUGAGGCGGGAACAAGUGAUGAAGAGUGGGUGGCAGAAGAUGAAGACGAGUUCUGCUCACUCCAGUUUCUAACUCUUCAAGAACUGACUCUUGAGCGUUGGAAAGCUGAUUGCACCAACUUCCCUAGACUCCGCCACCUGUGUGUAAAUUACUGUGGGAAACUAGAGGAAAUCCCUAGCGGCUUUGAAGAAAUCCCAACGCUCCAACUCAUUGAAUUGUAUGAAUGCACCACUUCUGUUGUGGCCUCAGCACAACAAAUUCAGAAGGUGCAGCAUGAAGAUAGUGGAAAUAACGACCUCAAACUUUGUAUCAUAUGACACGUGAUCACACUGCCAAAAAGACCAUUUAUGAAGUUCUCGAUACCAAAGACCGCAUACUGGAAAGUAGGGAGUUGGGCGCCGCUUGUGUUCAGCCCUCUACGGUACCUACUUCUCAAAUGCACUGGCGAGAUGAUGUCUGCAGCCCGUCAGUUUAGUUAUAUUCGAGUGUUGAGUCUGUAAGCAGCCUCAAAAGGGGAUCAAUGCGUUGUUCAGUUUCUUCUGCCUUAA